CCUAAAUACACCUAACUUCACUGCACUUCACUGUUGAUCCUGUUGAUCAUCAAUCUAAAAAGUUGUAAAUAGAUACACAAUUCAUUAAUAUUUGGAACAUAACCAAUCUGUUGACAAGUGCAUCAUAUAAAAAAUUACUCAUAAAUUUACCGUGGAAAUAUGACCCCGGUUGUAAUGAAUGCACAAAUACUUUAGUAAAACGUUAAGACAGACAAAGUUUGACCUCCUUCUCUUCAGUAAGCAGAGCAUUUAACUGCCAGCUGCUUUUGAGUACAGAUCAUGCUGCAACAAAACAUUUAACUCCAUCAUUAAUAAUGCCAGAUAGGAAUCAAAAAAUGGAAAACAGUGAAGAACAAAAAUGCCACAUUAAUGAAGCCAAAGCAUCCACAUCUCUGGAAUGUUCAUCUAAUUCAAAAACUGAAACAGAAGAUGACAAUACAAAGGGACACAAGGCACAAAAUUUUAUGGUUGGUGGAAUAAUAGGAGCAUCGCCGCCAAAGUUUGUUUCUCUUGACGAAAUUAUGAAAGCUGCGAAUGGUAUGAAGAACAUGGCUUUGGCUCAUGAGAUUGCCGUGGAUAAAAAUUUUCAACUACAAAAAGUUGAGCUUGAAGAUGGUACAUUUCACAGAAGAGUAAAAGAAAUCAUGCACAAAGCAUUUUGGAAUUUAUUAGCUGAACAAUUGGCUGAGGAUCCUCCGAAUUAUACACAAGCAUUGGUGUUAUUAAAUGAUAUUAAAGAGAGAUUAGAUGAACUGGUCUUACCGCAUCAUGCAAAAAUUCGAGAAAAUUUAAAAGAAGUACUUGAUGUAGAUUUAAUUAAGCAACAAGCAGAGAAAGGUGUUUUGGACUUCCAACAUUAUGCGCAAUACGUUAUUUCAAUAAUGAGUAAAGUGUGUGCACCAGUAAGAGAUAGCAUGAUCAGAGAACUUGGUCAAAAAACAGAUGUUAUUGAAGUAUUUAGGGGUAUAAUGGAAAUAUUGCAAUUAAUGCGUCUUGAUUUGGCAAAUUUUACUAUCACCAUGAUGCGACCAAACAUAGUUGCUUGGAGUAUUGAGUAUGAAAAAGCAAAAUUUGCUGAGUUCUUAAAAAUCAAUGCAAACGGUUUACAACAUACAGAGAAAUGGUUAUUAAGGCAUUUUGAUCCUACAAAGAUAAUAGCUGAUUCGGCGGAUAUUAACACUGUGCGACAGACAACACAUUGUCUUUUGACCGAAGCAUAUUUGGAUCUUCUAGAAUGGGAUUUCAGCCCAGACGCGGAAACUUUGAUGCUCGAUCAAGGUAGAUUAUUGGAACUGCGUGAUAAGACUAGUAGAUUAAGUGUUAUUGGAGCUGUAAUAUUGCUAUCAAAUAACACGAUUGGCCCACCAAUUCAUGGAGUAUCGAGUUUCAAGAAGAAUAUAAAACAACAUCUUAAUGUACUAUUGGAAUCUGUGCAUUCAAACAAGGAUUUGGAAACUGCAAUGCCAAAUAUUGUGUUACAACUAAAAGCGGAUGUAAAAUUAACGUUACAAGAGAUACAAGCUGCUCCGUUGUCUUCAGAAUUAGAAACAUUAUUAGAAGGACAAAUAUUAGAGCUUGUUAAACAAGAGCAUAAAAUUAGACACCUUAUAAGUUUGAGAAUUCGACAGUUUCUGCAAAAAAUAAUACUAUCACAAUCAGCAGCACCACAGCAAGUACCACCCGGGCUUUCCUCACUUCAAGAAGAAUUGACAGCUAUAACAGCUCAGUUUUUAAUACUCAUUUCGCAUAAUCGGAGUGUAUUUGGAGAAUACUACCAAGAAAUUGUGACCAAUGCACUUAUAAAAAAGGAAGCUGAGAAUAAUGAAGAUACAAGUGGAAUUCAUACCAUGGAAUUAUAA